AGAGAGAGAGAGAGAGAAUGUGUGAGUGAGUGUGUGUGUUAGGGAGCAGCAGAAGCAGCACUUGUCCUGUAAUCGAUUGCCGAGUGUGCUGAGCGGCCCCGAGCGCAGACACACACACACGCACACACACACACAGAUACCCACUCACCGGGGGCGCGCGCGUACUCUCUCCUCCUGGCUCUCUUUUUCACACUCUCACACACACACAGACAGACACGCUCACGCACGCACGCACGGAGGCACCCUCGCGGCUCCUGCCCGCCUGCCCUCCUCUCCCCUCCCCUCUCCUUGUCCUUCCCCUCCUUCCCGGUGCCCGCCCGCUCGCCCGCCCUGCGCGUCCAGCCGGCGCUGGGGGAGAUGGGCUCGGGCUUGGCAGCCGGAUCGGUUUCUCGGGGUUUGACCAGCUGUCCCGGGCUCACCCUGCUCCUCGCUGAAGAUGGAGGAAGUAAAAACAGGAUUACCCUCCGCUCCAGAGCCACUGCCUUAGUUUCCACAGCCCACCGCAGUGCCCCAACACACACUGGCCACCCAGGGACACCCCGAGAGAGACCCACACAGAGACACGAGAGACCCAGACAGAGAGAGAUACACAGAGAGAGGGAGGAGAGGACUCACUCACAGUAAACACAAACAAAAGGGGGAUGGGAUUGCCUCCCUGCGUGUCCUGCUGAGCACUGCACUUUGACUAUGGAAACUGAGGCUAUUGAUGGCUAUAUAACAUGUGACAAUGAGCUUUCACCUGAAAGGGAACACUCCAAUAUGGCAAUUGACCUCACCUCAAGCACACCCAAUGGACAGCAUACCUCACCAAGUCACAUGACAAGCACAAAUUCAGUAAAGCUAGAAAUGCAAAGUGAUGAAGAGUCUGACAGGAAACCCCUGAGUCGGGAAGGAGACCUCAGGGGCCAUGAUGAAGGUAGCAGCCUAGAAGAACCCAUUAUUGAGAGCAAUGAUGUGACUGACAACAGAAAAGUCCAGGACCUUCAGGGCGAGGGAGGAAUCCGGCUUCCGAAUGGUAAACUGAAAUGUGACGUCUGUGGCAUGGUUUGCAUUGGGCCCAAUGUGCUUAUGGUACAUAAAAGGAGCCACACUGGUGAGCGCCCCUUCCACUGUAACCAGUGUGGAGCUUCUUUCACUCAGAAGGGCAACCUACUGAGACAUAUUAAGUUGCACUCUGGGGAAAAGCCGUUCAAAUGUCCCUUCUGCAGCUAUGCCUGUCGGAGAAGGGACGCCCUCACAGGACACCUCAGGACACACUCCGUGGGUAAACCUCACAAGUGUAACUACUGUGGACGGAGCUACAAACAGCGCAGUUCACUGGAGGAACACAAGGAACGUUGCCACAAUUAUCUUCAGAAUGUCAGUAUGGAGGCUUCUGGGCAGGUCAUGAGUCACCAUGUACCUCCUAUGGAAGACUGUAAAGAACAAGAGCCUGUGAUGGACAACAAUAUUUCUCUGGUGCCUUUUGAGAGACCUGCUGUCAUAGAAAAGCUGACAGGGAAUAUGGGAAAACGUAAAAGUUCCACCCCACAGAAGUUUGUGGGAGAGAAGCUCAUGAGAUUUGGCUACCCAGAUAUUCACUUUGAUAUGAACUUAACAUAUGAGAAAGAGGCUGAGCUGAUGCAGUCUCACAUGAUGGACCAAGCCAUCAACAACGCAAUCACCUACCUUGGAGCUGAAGCACUUCACCCUCUGAUGCAGCACACACCAAACACAAUUGCAGAGGUUGCCCCAGUCAUCAGCUCAGCUUAUACUCAGGUCUAUCAUCCUAACAGGAUAGAAAGGCCCGUUAGCAGAGAAACCUCAGAUAGUCACGAGAACAACAUGGAUGGCCCCAUUUCUCUAAUCAGACCAAAGAGUCGACCCCAGGAAAGAGAGGCCUCUCCCAGCCAUAGCUGCCUGGAUUCUACUGACUCAGAAAGCAGCCAUGAUGAUCGCCAGUCCUAUCAAGGAAACCCUGCCUUAAAUCCCAAGAGGAAGCAAAGCCCAACUUACAUGAAGGAGGAUGUUAAGGCUUUGGAUGCCACAAAGGCUUCUAAGGGCUCUCUGAAGGAUAUCUACAAGGUCUUCAAUGGAGAAGGAGAACAAAUUAGAGCCUUCAAGUGUGAGCACUGCAGAGUCCUAUUCCUAGACCAUGUCAUGUACACAAUUCAUAUGGGUUGUCAUGGCUACCGGGACCCGUUAGAAUGCAACAUCUGUGGCUACCGAAGCCAGGACCGUUAUGAGUUCUCAUCACACAUUGUCCGAGGGGAGCACACAUUCCACUAGGCCUUUUUUCUUUCCAAAGGGGACCCUUAUGAAGUAAAGAACUGCACAUGAAGAAAUACUGCACUUACAAUCCCACUUCCUCAGACAUUAACUUAACCUUUAUAAAAGAAAAAAGAAAAAAUAUUACAGUCAAUAAUUCUUAUUUAAUGGACCCAGUCUCAUUUGCUCUACCUAUCAGGAAGGAAAAGAGGGAGGGAAGGGAUGGAGCUAAUAUCUAUUUUUUUUGUCACUUGGCUUAUUUUGUGGGAAUUGAAGGGCAGUUCACUUUUGUAGUGGUUGACUGUAAGUUAUAUCUUGCUUUGAAAAAAUCACUCAGCUUACAUUAGGUUCAACUAAAAGAGGCUGAUUUGCCAUUCAUUUUUAGGAUGGUGAUCUUGGACAGGAAAGUGGAGAGUUUUCAUAGUAAGACUUUAUCAUAACAAAAAUUUAAAAAAAAUAAAGAGUACAAGAAAUUUUUACUCUCUAAAGAAGAAAGGUUUUCAAAAUAUAAAUUGUUUUUCUGUAAAGAUCUUGGAUCAUAAAUCAAACACAAUGUUCUUUUCAAUGAUAUUUGCUAGGAUGAGCUAUGGUCAUGGGUUCUAUGUUUACUUCACUUUCUGGAAUUUCUAAUACAAUCUAAAGAACAUUGUACCACUUAGCAGUUUCAUAUUACAAGUGGUUAGGACCACCUACAAUACUUUUGAAGUCCUGCUAUCUUAUUUUUCUAAACUAAAAGAAGCACCUUUUUAGACUUGCUGUUUUUCCAUAGUUUUGGGGACUGGUAUUUUGUAGACACCCUGACAGCCUUACUUUUAACAUGUUUUACGAUUAACAUUUUUAUCUGGUUUUCAGAGUAAUACAGCUUAGGAAUGGCUACGGGGCAGUAGUUUUCUAGAGAGGUUCUUCUGCUCUUUGGAAAAAAAUAAUAUUUUUUUAAGUUAUAAACUAUGUCCAGGUAGUAGAAUAUGCUUUUUUUUUUAAGGUAUGCAUUCAAUUGUGAUUUUAUCAGCAACAGUGUUAAACCAGUCAGCAGCAUACACUAUUAUAGCUGACAGUCGGGAGAACACUAGAAACCUCUUUUUUCAUAGUGUAUUAGUUUAUUAAAUUUGCAACUACCCAGUAUUCUGCUCUAUAGUCAAGUCUUUUAAGUCUUGCCUACUGAAUAGAUAUAUUUCUUGCCUUCUGAAUAGAUAUAUAGAAUAGAACAUUUCUAUUCUAUAAAACUCCAAGGGGCAAUGCUAAGUUUGACCUGAAUGUGGUUAUUAAAAAGAUGCAAUCAAAAACAAACAUAACCCCUCCAACAACAUAUGCAUAGUGCUGAUACCAACUAGGGCUAUUUAUUCUAUUUUUUCCAGAGUUGAUAUAUAAUACAUUUAAGUUGAGGAAAUUGAAAACUGCUCUACAAUAUUUUGGUUGGGCUGCAGAUUAAAAACAAAAUAAAAAAUACUAACAAAGUCUACUUUCACCCUUUCUUUGACCCAGGAUAGGAACAGAAUUAUUAAAUGAUUUCUAGGCCAAAAUCAUUUACUUCCUGUUGGAAUACACGGGAGCCACCUGACAGUGGCUAUUGGAGAUCCAACCCAGAAUGAAUCUCGUCUUGUGAGAGGAUUAUACAAGGAGAUAGAGAGGCAGUUGCUGUUCACUGACCUCUGUAACUGAGAGGCCAUUGCUUUGUCUGACCUUAGUGCAGGAGGUAGGAGAGCCACCAUGAGGUUGGUCAAAGAUAGAAUAUCUGUUGCUGAUUUUGUCCUCAGUUUAAAUACCCUAUUACAAUUACAUCAACUAGAACCAUUACACCACCAUGCUAAGUACUAAGUAUAUGUAAACUAGAUAACCAUUGUCUCAUCAAUUCCUCUGAGUUAACACCUUGUUUCAAGUAUACUUCUUUCAAGUAUACUUCUCCAGAGUUCUGUCUCUCUACAAUGUCCUGUUUCCUAAUAGCUUUCAACAAUUAUUUCCUCUAUUACUUUGACUCUGUGACAUAUGACCUAUAAGCCUUUAAUACCCUUCUUUCUUCUUUUCUAUCUGUGCUUACUACACAUUGAUAUUUUGCAUAGAUAGAUAGAUGUUCUUUGAAUUUAUGAGGGUGCUAAUUUUAUUCAACACAGUCCAACAGCAUUAGAAGGGAACAGCUGAGUGGUAUAGUGAUUAAAAUUUUUGUUUUAAUUUUUAAAUUUAAUUUGCCAAGGGCAAAAAGAACAUAUAAUCUAUGUUUAGGAAGGAUGGGAUAGAUGGUGGUCAGAUUAUACCUGAUAGCCAUUUUUGAUAUGAAAUAUCAUUAAAUAGUAGUUGAAAAGUACUGUAGAAAUUCCUUGGAUACAAUGCAUUUUUUAAUAGUAUAAUGUAAGAAUGAUGAUGAAAAGAAAAGCCUAAACAUGAAUAGGGCUCAGACAUUAAAAAGCUGCUCUGUAUUACUCAACUUGGUUUUCUAUCUUCUAGUUCUUAUCCAGAUAACUCCUAAAUGCUCAUACAAAUGGAGUUAACACAGAACUAGGGAGAAUUGGUUAACUCACUUCUUCCUUCUCAUCUUUUUUGUCUCCGAGAUCUUGACAAAAUUAAUAAAUUGGUAAUGACCACUUUUUAAAUCCAAAAGCAUCCAUCAAAACAUAAUUGAAAAAUAUACUAGAAUGUCAACUUUAGCAUUUCUUCUGUGCUUUAUGGUAGUGAACAUCAAUUUUAUUUUACUAUAAGAUCUUGAAAAAUGAGCCACAAAAGAAAAAAAUAUUUAGCAAUUAUUACUUGUCCUUUCAAUUCUUCCUGAUACUGUUUUUCACAUUUCUGGAGAAGACCAAUUUCUCCAGUGGCCAAUAGUCAACAGUAUUGUAGUAAGUUGGAAGAGGGGUGCAUGUGGUAAUCGUUUUCAUUUAAAGAAGCACUUUGGGCAGCAACCACUAUGUUAAAAACAAGUUAUUUGGACAUUUUUGCUGACAUUGCUUGUGAAUUUUCCAGCUUUUUUCUUUAGUUCAUUUGGUCAUCUACAAACUUUUUUUGUGUGUAUAAACAGACCCCAAAGAAUUAUAUAUAGGUCCCCCAAAUCACUCAGGCUUUACUACUCCUUCUAGUCUGUAUUCUUGAGAAUAUGGCUGCUGCAGGCAUAUUGUCUCCUUACCCCAAAAGGAUGAGGAUAUAGAUAAUGAAGGUGUUAUUGGCUUAGGUACGGACAGUGGCAAAUAGAUUCAGGAGCAUUGCAAAUUUUGUAGGUAGAAAAUAUUUUGGGAGAAUAAUACUAUGGGAUAAGGCUCUGAAUGGCUCUAUUUAAUUAUGGCAUUUUCUAUAAAGAGGUAAAAUGACUAAAUGUAGUUGUGACAAUUAGAUACCAAAUAAUCAUGUAGGAAAUUUUUUUAUAGGCAUUGUUUACAUAUACUUUAUUUCAGUGAAACUAUAUGUCAUAGAAAGUACUGAAGAGAGAAUUAUGGGCAAUCUUCUGUACUUCCUUUUUUGACAGAAAUUCAGACAUUUCUAAAAAUUGAUCUAUAUUCAUUUAAUUCCAGUUCUUGUUUAAGAGGGGAAAUAAUGUGCCAGAGCCAGGACAAAGCAAGGGUGGUUGUGCCUGAGGCAAGGUUUGAAAAUGGCACCCCUUGUGUAUUACUUUCUAAUCAAGGCUGUGUCUUUAUUGUACCACAUGGGACUUGUCUUAAGGAAACAAAUACAUGCCACAUAUAGUACAGUUUCCUGGCAUUAAAAAUGGGCGUUUAUGAAAAGUAAUAUUAAAAACCUUGGUCACCAACUCGAUCACUUCUACAAGUUGCACCAUAGGCAGCUACCUACUUUAUGCCCCACCUAGCCUUUGCUGUGUGCUUCCUAUAUGUCGACUGGUGAUAAUUUCCUCUAAAAAGAAAAUUAUAUUUGGCUGUCACCAAGUGAAAGUCAUCAGCAGGCUAAUUAAAAGAGAUUUUUGUAUUGUUUAAAAAAUUAAUUGUUGAGAGUUUUCUUGAAGGAGAAAAUGGGAUUUAUUCUGAGCAGAAUUUAUACCCAGCUGCAAAGUAGGGAGUGCCCCUCCUACAUAAGAGCAGUUGGUGAGCGUGAGUCAGAGUCACUGGAUUUUUUUUUAGAUAUGGAUGAGGGACAUAGACUUUGAUAAGAAAUUUUUAAAAAACUUUUUGAUAUGCAAAUAUAGUUGUCACUGGGAAAUAUACAUGGGAAAAAAACACCACCAUUGUGACUGAUUCCUGAGAUGUUUAAUUAUUUUCUUUCUCUCUUUAAUUUGCUAGAGUGUAACAAAAAUUAUUGGAGGAGCUCUCAGCACACAAAACUUUCAUGAGCUUUUUAGGAUGAGUAGUGAUUAUUUAUCUAUUCAGUCACUGUCUUGUAGAAAGAUUUUCUGCAAGACCAGCUUAUUACUCAAAUUCAAAUCUUUAAAAUUUGAUCUCCUGAGGAGAGCCCAUCAAAAUAGAAAGAAAUAAGGAUCCUUAUUUCUCUGCUGAUAUAUGGAAAAGGGAGCAAUUCAUUCAUAAAUUUUAUUGACUUUUACCUCAUAUAUUAGUAUCUGAGCUAAUUAUUUCAGAAACUCAUUCAAUAUCUAUUGCUAUUUCCAAGUGAAAAAUAGAAUUUAUAUCAGAGAAAAGGUAAUACUUGUGAAAUCAUUUUUUUGGUGUGAUUUAAUUAAUAUCACCUCUAAAUCACUAUCUAGGGUGUUUGGGGAAAAAAUGAAAAAACAAACAAGCAAAAAGUCUAGCAGCUAUUACACCAAAACAUAAUUACCAUAAGAAAGAUUUAACAUAUUUCCAAAGUACACAUUCUUUACUCUGGAUAAAAGAAUGAAUAGCACUUGUGAAAUUGAUAAUUCAGUCCUACAAGUUACAUGGCUCUGCUCUGAAUGCUCAACUUUUAUAUGAUUUUCUUGAGAACUGUUUCAAAUGAGGCUGAUCCUAAAAUAGAAAUUUCCCCAACACCCCCCAAAAAAUUUGAGUUAAAAAUUAUGUUGGGUUUUUUGUGUAUUUUUUCCUAAUAGUUUGAAUAGUUUGAAUUGUGCAUUUUUGUUUUUUAAACCCUGGAUUUCUACAAAUUAAUUGAAAUCUAUAGUAACUAGAAUCUUAAGAUACUGAAAUUUAAUGUAUUAAAUAUUUCCAAAUUUUAAUUAUAUUUGUGCCUUUCAAAAUACAUUUAAAAAGUCAGUUAUCCAAUUAUCGGUCUAAACAGCUUUAAUAUAUAUAUAUAUAUGUGUGUAUAUAUAUAUUUUAAAAAUCACUUAAAAAUUGAGUACCAUAUAUUUCAGCCUUGACAAAUAGGACAAAACUACUAUGGUAACAUAUGCUUGCAAAUGCAGAAAUUUAUUACUCAACUGUCUAAAGAAAAUAACUUUUAAAACAUUUUUAAAUAUCUCAAAUGAAAUUUGAUGGUAUUUCAGAAUGACCACUACCUACUAGAUUGUGCAGAUGAGAUUUGAGGUGGAGAAAAAACUUAGCUGUGAAAUAUUAUGCUGUGUGAUUUUUUUUUAGGAAGAAUGAGUUCUGUAUCAUAAUAAGGUUUUAUUAGUUUAAUUCUUUGUUGAAACAAAAUGCAGUAUUGUAUUGGUACUCUCAGAAAUGGACUAGUAUUCUAGUCAUGAGUCCUCAGUCUUCUAACUGAUCUUCAAUAGAAUAGUCUUGAAAAGUCAGGUAAUUCACUGUCCUUGAACAAAACUGAAUAGAGCGAGCAGUCAGAUCACAUUGUUAUUACCCCCAAAUACAAGGUCAGUGGGAGAUAUACGGUUGUUAUAUAGUUAUCUGCUGUAGGUUUGUUUGUGUAUGACAGCUUUUUUAAAAUGAGCUGCUGGUUAUAAGAAGCUAACAAAAUAUGACCAAGAAGCUGUGAUAUGCUAGUGUUCAUCUGCAUCAUAGUAUAUUGUUAGGCCAAAAUAAAAUGACCUUAUAAAUUUUUAUUAUGCUUUCAGAAAUUUAAAAUUGACAUUUCCAUAUGGUAUUUUAAAAAAAAUUCUUUCUGCCCAUUUAAUCUUCUCUUGCAGUACUGUAAGUUUGUGGUAAUCACAUGCACUUUCUGCCUGGGAACAUAUUCACAAUUCUAUUUAUGGGCACUUUUCCCAUACAACACUGUAAAUGUGUGUUCUCUGUAUAAAUUUGUGAAUUAAUCUUUAUCCCAUACAAAGAGUGGUACAAGGAUAACUAGUUUUCUAUGGUUUUCUUUUUAUUGUGAAUAAAAUAUAAAGUGGAGAGGCCCUCUGCUAAGCACCACAAAGUACAGAUAUGACUUCAUGUAAGUACAAAUAAGCCAGCUUGCAGUGAAUUGGGCCCUUCGGAUUACCUCAAGUGACACACAGUAAGAAAAGCUUCUUGAACAGGGGGUAGAGGUCACUGAAUCCCCUACUAUGCACUUAACAGGAUUUGACAUUACUUACUGGAAAUGGAUGUUUGUUUUUUGUUGUUUGGUUGUUGUUGUUUUUUUCUGAAUAUACUGUAACAAGGGAAGGAGUUGGGUUUUGUUGUUUUUUGUUUUGUAGUAGCUAAAAUUCUGAAACUGUGAUCAACAAUUUAAAUGACUGUCAAGCACUCUCGAAUCUUGAAUAUAUUCACUUCCUGUUCCAUGUAGCAAAGUUCUCUUUAUUGUUUAUGUUAAAUUAUGUAAAAUCUCACCCUAUUUCUGUCUCUUUACCUCAGUUUGAAGACUAGGCUACCUAUUUUUUCAAUUAUUUCCAUCUCUGUGGUUCCCCCCCCCCUUUUUGUUCAUUGGCUGUAUAGUCUGUUUACAUAUUUUUGUACUCAAGUGUAGUUUUAUAUUAAAAAGAAAAAAAAGAAAAAUAGUAAAUUUAAUGAAAAAUAUUAAGGUACGUAGUCUUUGUAACACUUUCAUCUUCACAAAUAGGGUACCUGAAAAUAUAACUCCAUAAAUUGUAAUUUGACCUAUGUUAUGCUUGCCUUUUUUGUUGGUUUUUACUUGCUGGUUGUCUUUUCCCCUCCUCCUUACCCCAAAUAUAAAUUGUUUUAUGAGACACUGGAAAAUUUUCAUGCAAAUGUUUAGAAAGAUUUAAAAAUUGUAAAGUAAAAAGUCUUUAACUUUUUCUGUGGGAAGAAAAUGCUUUUAAAAAAUAUUGUUAUUGGUAUUGCAGGUUGGGGAUUUCCCUAGAUCUUUUGCUUUUCAUAGUUGGACCUUUCCAAACAUGCUGUUUGAAAAUUCACAAUGAUUGCUUAUGCUAGUCAGUUCACAAUAUCCUUUCAUUUUAUUUCUGUUCAAGUGCAAUACUUUCCAAGAAGUCUUAAAAAAAAAAAAGAGUCUACUUUUACCCCAUUUUUGACCUACACAUUCCUUAGUAACUAAGUCACAGUUUCUUAAACUUCAAGUUUAAAAACCUUCAAGUCACAAUAUUUUAAAGAACCAUAAAUAAUAUAUAAAAGCAAAGAAUUAAAAGAAAGCAUUCAAUAGUGAAAAGGUUAUAGAAAUUAAGUGUGGAAGAUGCAGUCCUAAUUUCAAAAUAUAUUUAUUCAGACUGAAUUUUCCAUUUAAAUAUGUGGGAUAUUAGAUGAACAAAUGGGCCUGAAAGUUGACAUUUUAAAAUUUAAAACUUACUCUCCUACUUUGACUCUUGUCCAAUGUUACAAAUUAAGAAAUGCUUUUUUUUUCUUUUUAAAAUAACUUUUUUAAAUGUAAAGAAAAGCACUUAACACAUUUAAAAUAUAUAUAUAUAUAUAUAUAUACAUAUCGUCUCUCUGAGAGUACAGAAAAAUUUACUUGGAGCAAUCUCAUUCUCAUAAAUUUAAGUGAGGAUUAUUUUACAUAUCAUACAUAUUUAUAUGUAGUGUGCUGGGUUGAUUUUUUUUUUUUUUUUUUUUGGUGUGUGUGUGUUUUUUACACCUGUUUCCCUGUAGAAAACUGCUCUUAUGUAAAUACAUGAUUAGUUAAAAUAUAAAUUCUGUGGCAUUUCUUUUAAAAGCAGUUUGCUACAUUUGUACAGUAGCCAUGUGUCUUGGCCAUUUUAGAUUUAUAUUUUCUUUUAACAAUACCAAAGGUAAUUAGACUAUGUUACAGACUAAUUGCUUGACAAAUUUCUAGGAUUUUUGAGUUUUAGAAGCAAAAAAAAAAUAGUUCAAACCAGUAAACCUCAUUUUUUCAAACUAAUUUGGAAAAAAGAAAGCCUAUUGUUUAUAUAUAUUAUAUAUCUCUAUGUCUAUGUAUGUAUGUACCAUAGAUGUAGACAUAUAUGUAUAGAUAUGGAUAUAUACAUGUAUAUCCAUAUCUCAGACCUUGUCUGCCAAGCUUCUUCAGUUUGGGUGUCAUUUUAAAAAGGCUUAAAUAUUUACCUCCAAAGAUGAGGUUUAUUAUGUAAGUUCAGAUAUAGCCUUUGCAGCCAUGUCACAAGUCACCCUGUUCUUUAUCCAGUUUGAAGACCUCUGCUAAAUGGUUUUAUCACUGCAGACUGAAAUGUGGGAUUUGUAUUUUUCUUUACUUUGCUACACAUGCAUACAUGGUUUCUACAUGUAUGUGUGUACUGUAUAUGUGUAUGAGUGUUGUACAUGCAUGUGUGAGUGUCUGUAUGUGUGUAAAACUAAAGAAUCUGCAGAAACUUUGUAAUACUUUGUGAAAAGGAUUAUAUUAUAAAGGUUUGUACUGUCUGAGUGCACAGCUACUGGAAUAAAUUUAGGGAAUCUCAGGAACAAGCUUAUAAUUUGUCCAAGAUUUAUUUCUUUUCAGAAGUGUAAGUGCAGUUUUUAAUUCUGUAUAUUAUUUAAUAUUUUACCAAUAAAAAUAAACUUCUGACAUAAAAA